CACCCACACUCCCUGACGCGGCAUGUUGCCCUGGCCGCCUCCGUGGUGGUGCGCGGGUGAAGAGGAGGUGCCCGAGGUGCCGGAUCCCUUGGAGGGCAGUGACCAGGGCGAGGCCUGGAGCUCUGGAGAGGAAGCCCUGGGGGAGCCAAGAACACCCCUACAGGACAGUCUGCAGCACCAGGCCCUCAGAUCAUCCUGGACCCAGAGAGGGCAGCUACAGACAGAGCAGCUACCACCCUGCCACCACCUGCGGCUGAUCCCUGACGCUGAGCAUUCCCUGAGACCCUCAGUUCCUCUUUCCCCUCAGAUGAUCCGGGAAGUGGCUCCCUCAAGGAUGACUCUGCUUGCACCCUGGGACCCCAACUACCAAGCCAAAGCAGGACCCCGGCUGGUGUGGGGAGCUAGCUGUGGGUCAGGCGCCUCCUUCUCAGGCCGCACACUGUGUCAUCCCUCCUUCUGGCCACUCUAUGAGGCAUCCUCCAGUGUGGGUGUCAGGCCUCGGACCUUCAGGAACCCUGGAACAGGGCCUCAAAAUGGAGAGUGGGCAGUGCAGGAUACAGGGUUCUCAGUGAUGUGCCGAGAAGAUGUCUUUCUGUGCGACCCUUUGCUGCCCUGUGGGCAGCGUGUUCCCCUGUACCUAUCUGAGGCCCCCACAGCAGGUGAUGGGCUCCCUGAAGCUGCUGCUCCCACCCCCUGUCAUGUCCCCCUGGGUUGUCCCCAGCCGUUCCCAGAGCUGCUCCACUGCCUGGCUCAGUGGGCCAGAGCUGAUCGCCCUCACCGGCCUGCUGCAGAUGAGCCAGGGGGAGCCGAGACCCAACUCUUCAUCAGCUCCCGCAGCCCCAGCUGGCCUCCCAGACCCCAUCUCUGGCCAGCCAGACCAGUCAGGCAGCAGUGGUGGCCCCAGCUGUUCUCACUGCACUGACCCCUGUCUCCCAUGGACCCCAGACACCCAUUGUCCAUAGCUCUCCUGGGGCAGAGUGGACCCCUCCUCUCCCUGCUCUAGGCAGGUUCUGUUGACAAUAAAACAGUGUUUGCAAAACA